AUUAUUGAAUGUUGAGUAGUUGAUUGUUAACUAAUCAACUAACCUGUUGUUGUUGUUAAUUUGAUUGCCAAGGCAGCUGUCAUAUUGAGGUUAACCACGAAUUCAUAGUUAAAUCAUUUUUCUUUCAAAUUAGUUCAGUGUUUCAAAUGUUUAUCUCACUUUCCAUUUUCAGUGAUUCAGAUAAUCGACUAAAUUAACUCAAUCCUAUUUCCAUUCAUGCUGAUCAACACCAUGUUUAGAUGGAGUCAAGCUAAAGACAAGUUCAUUUACUCUGUGUUGUUAUUGUUACAUUUUCUUGUUUUCUUCAUUUCCAUUUACAAUUGUUGGACUACAAAGUGGCCUUUUUUAAAUCUCUCAUUAACACCAUCAUGACGAAAACAAUUAAGGUUAAACGUGACCGUUGUUUAAUGACCAAUGGCCGUCAACAUAUUCCACUUCCAACUGGACCUUAUCAGAAUAUUGGAAUUCGUGAUAUAAUGAUUGGUUUCUCUCGCAUCUCUGGAAUUAUGGUCAGACUUUACUAUCCAGCGGCAAACAGUGUUCCAAUUAAAGGUCAACACCUCAUGUGGCCUAACUGGUUACCCCAUGAAAAUUAUCGUGAAGGUUUAAUGUCCGUCGGUGGUAUUAGAUGGUCACCUUUUAAAAAGUUACUCCGUUGGUAUACUGGUGAUUCCUUUAUUCCUGCUUUGACUAAAGCUAAACCUUUGAGAGAUCGGAAAAUGCCGUUGAUUGUUUUCUCCCAUGGUAUCGGCGGGUGUAGGUCAAGUUACUCAGCCCUGUGUCUUGAAUUCGCUUCACAUGGUUAUAUUGUCGCAGCGGUUGAACAUCGAGAUGGUUCAGCUUGUUGUACCUUCUAUGCGAAGGAAACUCGUAUGCCCAUUUCGGCCUCUAAUAUGAACCUUCACGCCGUUGAUGGGCCAUUAAAGUUCACUGACGACGAAGAAGAUGGUUAUGAUGAAAUAGAUGAUCCAAAUUAUGUUCCCCCUAAAGCUUUAUCCAAUUCAGCGAUAAUCCCUCACAUAACAACGGACUGGAUUCCCUAUUUACCCGUUAAGGAGGGUCGGUACAAUUUACGGAAUAAGCAAAUUCACCGACGAGUCAAAGAGUGCAUUAGAACACUAGAUUUACUUGAAGCUUUAAACGCUGGUUACGAGGUACAAAAUCUACUUGAUCCACUUUUAGAUCCAACAGAAUUUGAAAAUUUAAUCGAUAUUGAUAGAGCCGUGAUUAUGGGUCAUUCUUUUGGUGGUGCGACAACCCUGAUGAGUUUAUCAACUGAAUUACGAUUUAAACUUGGAAUUUGUUUAGACGCUUGGAUGUACCCAAUUUAUAAGGAAAAUUUUGACUUUGUCACUCAGCCCGUUCUCUUUAUUAAUACUCAAUCUUUCCAUACAAAGGAAAACCUUAGAGCGAUGAAACAAUUACUCAAAGUGUCCAAUUAUGAUCGUCCAGAUGAAUUUCCAAGUCGCCGUGGGUCAAAUGCUGAAGGAGAAACAGACAAUCAACUAAUUGAACGGAAAGUUAUCACAAUCAAAAAUACUGUUCACUACAAUCAAUCGGAUAUACCUUUCGUUUUACCUUGGGCCGUUCGAGCGAUGAUCGGGGCCAAUUCAUCUCGCAACUUUUUCACCGCUCAUGAUUUAACUUCGGCACUUUCACUUAAUUUCAUGUUUAAACACUUGAACAUGGAACCAAUUAACAUCGAGAAAGAGGUUUAUCUGAGUAUUCACAAGAAGAAAUUGAAAGAAGGAAUCAAGGAUAAAAUCUAAAUCAAAUUAAGUGCACUUUCUACUUUUCAUCAGCCAACAAUUAACUGUCCGAUUAUCAUUUAUCUCUCUCUCUCUCUCUAUUAUCACAAUUCCAUUAUAUUCGUUUUUUAAUUGUAAUUCUCAAUCUUGAUCGACAAUUUCAUUUCUGCUAAUUGUUUAUUUCUAAUCUUUGCCUCUCUGUCUCUCUGCCAUUUAUUUGACAAACAAUCAAAUAGCCAAAUUCAAUUUUAUCAAAAAUUAAUCGAUCAACACUUGAUUCAAUAUUAUAAUUAGAUGAAAUCUCUUAAUUGUUGCCUAAUUACCACAAGUUUAGGUUUUUUGAAAUCUUGUGUUCACCUGAUUAACUAAUUGUGUAAUUAUAAUGAUAUUAUUUUUCUGUUGCUUUAAUAACAUUGAUUGAAAUUUUUGAUUAUUGACAUGAAAACAACAA